AUGCUUGUGGGCACGAGGCACGCAGGGCAGGGCAGGCAAGGGUCGAGCCACCUCAAGCAUCCAAGCAAAAAGGAAGAAGGCAGGGUGAGAGUGAGACCUUGUGCAGCCUCGACGGCGAGAGAGGGAAGCCGGCGAUUGGAUACCGCACAGCACUGGUCUUCUGCAGCGGCACAGGCCGUGCAUGCUCGUGGUACCAGUGUCGCAAGUGUUUCUUGGAGCUACGAGUGCUGCUACUAG